UCUUUUAUCCACAACCCUAAGUUCCUAACCUUAUUUCUUCUUCUUCUUCAGCUGCUGCUUCUUUACUUCUCCAGGGGAUAUCAUCUUAACAAUCAAAGCUAGCUUGAAAAGGAGAAGGGUUUGGGGAUCAGUAAACAGGUCGUGACUCGUAACAAUGGAAGGUGAUCUCAACCAGAAGCUGCUAAUAGAUGGUAAAGAGAAUGAAAAUGAAGAUGUUAAGUUCAAAGACAAGCUAUGGACUGAGAUGAAGAAGAUGUGGAUUGUCGCUGGCCCUGCAAUUUUCACCAGGUUUUCAACCUUUGGUGUCACUGUAAUCAGUCAAGCUUUUGUUGGUCACAUUGGUCCUACUGAGCUUGCUGCCUUUUCACUUUGUUUCACUGUCCUUUUGAGGUUCGGCAAUGGCGUUCUGCUUGGAAUGGCCAGUGCAUUGGAAACACUUUGUGGUCAAGCAUAUGGAGCAAAACAAUACCAUAUGCUCGGGAUAUACCUUCAAAGAUCUUGGAUAGUUUUGUUUGCAACUGCCUUGUGUCUUCUUCCUUUAUACAUCUUCUCUACCCCGAUUUUACUAGCUUUAGGCCAGGACGAAGAGAUAGCGAGAGUGGCUGGAUAUAUCGGUCGUUUCUUCGUGUUCGUCGUGCUUUCAUUCAUCAUAUCAUUUACUUGCCAAAUGUUCCUGCAAGCACAGAGCAAGAACAUGAUUAUUGCAUACUUAGCAGCAUUCAGUAUUGGAAUCCACAUCUUUCUUUCAUGGCUUUUGACCGUGAAAUUCAAGUAUGGGCUCGGCGGGGCUUUGUUAUCCACAAUUUUGGCCUAUUGGAUACCAAAUAUAGGUCAACUUUUGUUUGUUACAUGUGGAGGCUGUAAAGAUACAUGGAAGGGUUUCUCAAUGUUGGCUUUCAAGGAUCUAUUGCCUGUUGUAAAGCUAUCUCUGUCAUCUGGUGCUAUGCUUUGUCUUGAGCUCUGGUACAAUACAAUCUUGGUUCUUCUAACUGGAAACAUGCAAAAUGCUGAGAUUGCAAUUGAUGCUCUUGCCAUUUGUCUCAACAUUAAUGGAUGGGAGAUGAUGAUAUCACUUGGUUUCUUAGCUGCAGCAAGUGUUAGGGUGUCAAAUGAACUUGGAAGAGGAAGCUCAAAGGGUGCCAAGUUCUCGAUUAUGACCACGACCCUUACAUCGCUUGCCAUUGGAUCUGUGCUGUUUCUGAUAUUCUUAUGCCUCAGGGGACGUUUAGCUUACAUAUUCACCGAAAGCGAAGAAGUGGCUAAUGCAGUUGCCGAUUUAUCUCCAUUGUUGGCUUGCUCCAUACUUCUUAACAGUGUUCAGCCUGUCCUCUCUGGAGUUGCUGUCGGUGCUGGUUGGCAAAGCAUUGUGGCAUGGGUUAACAUAGCUUCGUACUAUUUAAUUGGCAUUCCAAUCGGUGUUGUGCUCGGAUAUGUAGUCGGCUUGGGAGUCAAGGGUGUUUGGGUUGGCAUGUUGCUGGGAACAUUCGUUCAAACUGUUACACUUGUUAUCAUCACUUGGAAGACUGACUGGGAUAAACAGGUUGUCUUGGCUAGGUCACGAGUUAACAAGUGGUUUGUACCAGAAUCCCGGGAAACAAACAGCAACCAAGAAAAUGGUGCUUGACGGGGCCAAUCAUCUGUUCCUUCCUACUGGAAUUUUACUUUUUUGUUGCUAUUUAUCGUUUCGUGAAACCAUCGACUCAAU